ACAUGCGGCAGAAAACGACUUUCGUAUCCAGUUCAGCAUGAGCCACGUGUGUCGCAGGGCCUUAUCGGAAAAAGAAAAGGUCUUAAAUGUUUUCGACAACCCGUCUAAAACGACAAAUGAAAACAGAUCCGCUGCGGACUGCAGAUGUUUAAACCACCACAGCGGCAGUAAGACGGACGGACAGCCCAAAAAGAAACUACUGAGAAAACGCAAGGAGAGGAGUCAGAUGAGAGGCAGUGGGAAAGACGUCACCAAACCACAUCACCAUUACUCUCGCCAGAGCAGUAAAGACAUGAAGCAUUCCCGCAACUGCUGUCAUAGUAGCUGUCGUUGUCCGUCAAGGAGCAAUGCGUCAUUUCUAAAUGUCGUUCCCGUUGCACAGGAGCCGAGUAUCAUCACGGAGAGCCGCCUGAUAGGACAUCAUGGCCUCUUCAAUCGCGAGGUGAAGUCGAUCGACAUUGAACGCUUGUUAACCGAGCAGAGGAAGUCGGAGAAAGACAGGAAGAUCAACACUGCUUCAAAUAAUUGUUUAGCAUCUCACAUCCCCUCUCCACUCUGCAGCAGCGAUUUGUUUGGUGGUCACACAGACGAGGUGGAAAAGAAAGUGGACCAAGCUGCGAAGGUCCACCAUGAUUUCCAGGAGAAAGAGAAGAAGAUUGUCCAGUCUGAAAGUCAGGGGUCGGAUCUUACACCAGGACAGAAAUCACAGCAACAACUCAAUCCUUCAUCUGGAAGUUAUAAAAGCUCCGUCGAUGUCGAGAUAGCGAAGAGCAUCACGGCCGACUCUGUCACGUCUGAGAAGGGCAGAGUGUUGGAGCUGAGUCCCGUUUGUGAGACAGAAAACGUGAAGACGGCGAAGAAGAAAGAAAAGGGACAGACGAUUUCGACUCUGGAGCACACCCCGAAGAACCAGGAGCCUCCAGUACACAAGACGCAAGCUCGUGGUCUCAGUCCGAGUCCUCUUCGGCUCUCCAGCUCACCCACUGCUGGAAUCACACGGUUCAGAAGAAAAGAUCAUGAUUGUGUGUCCGAGUCCAUCAGUGCAGCAGCGGCACGUUUGAGUCGCAGUCUUCAGUUUCCGCGUCUGGGGAAGAGAAAUCUUCUGUCAGAGAGCAGGGAGGUGCUGCUGAAAGCACUGCAGGAGCACCAUGGUCCCCGGCUUCAGGAGAACCUCCUCAAAGUGCAGCAGUGUCUCAACUUUGACGCUGUGAGAGCAGUCCAGAACCAGCACCAGAACCAGAGGCCUGUCCUGAUAGAUGAGGAUGGGCUCUGGUCCGCAGCGUUUCAAGACAAUGCGACCAACCAGGCAAGUCAUGGCACCCAGAAAACCGCAAGUUUCAGAAUGACAGGAAGUAAGCAUUUUAACUGGAACUCGAGUCCGCAGCCUCACCAGAGCGUAGAGCAGACUGCCGGGUGGUUGACGAGCCCUGUGGAGACUUCUGUCAAUCUUUUGGAUGAUAUCAUCAGAUCUCCUCAGAUGUGCGUGGACUUUGAGCCCUUCAGAGCUUCAUCAAGUGAUCAUUUGUUUGCUCCUUCUCUCUCCUCCUUCUGGGGAGCAACCACCUCAGCAUCUCAGCACUGGGAAGACAACUUCAACAGGCCAGACGCCAAAGACUUGCUUAUGUUUGAUUCCUUUGAUAACAACUUCAUGAAUCAUACCAGAGCACAGAGAGAGGGGAGCAAUGACCUGCAUUACAGUGACCGCAACAUCCGGCCGUUCUUUCCCAACCAAACACAGCUGCCAGGUAGAUACUCAGCAGAGCCUGGACAGUUUCUCCAGGAGCAAGACUCAUUUGAAACUGAAAGAUGUUCUUUUGCCCAAAUUCCCCAACUUCAACAGAGCAAUCACCUGCCUUUCAGCCAGUUCAGUCACCCUCCAACCUGCCCCUCCCUCAUGUCCCACCACACUGAUAUGAAGAAUUACCCCCCAUCUCAUAUGCUUGAAAGAGAACCCGCACCUUCCCUCUCUUCCUUACCAAGCCCUGAGGAUUGGUCCUUCCCUCCUAUGAGACUUUACUAA